AUGGGCAAAGGUCAACAUAAUACACCUUCAAGUGGCAAUCAGGAUCAACAAUUAGAGACGGGAACUUUACCAACACAACAUCGGUUGCCGACUCUAUCAGAAAUCAAAGUGAAAAUUCCCGCUCAUUGCUUUCGUCCAACUGUUCGUCAGUCUAUGAGCUAUGUUGUCAAGGAUGUCAUCUAUGUUGCCCUCACCUUUUUCGUCAUGUACCAAAUAGAGAAUAGAUUCAAGUAUGGAUCUCUACUUUUCCCUCUCUAUUGGUAUAUACAAGGAACUCUUUAUACAUCGAUUUUUGUGCUUGGACAUGAUUGUGGUCAUGGAAGUUUCAGUUUCUAUCCGUUAUUAAACGAUAUCGUUGGUACUAUUCUACAUACAUGGAUCUUAGCACCUUAUUAUACCUGGAAGGUAACACACAAUAAACAUCAUAAGAAUACAAAUAAUAUCGAUAAAGAUGAAGUUUUCUAUCCACAACGUGGCGUCCCGUACAAACCAUCAUUCACCGAUAAUUUCCUCUUAUGGUUUCCGGGUUUAGGUUGGUUUCAUUAUAUCGUGUUUGGUUAUGCCCCAAGACCAAUCAAUCACUUUAAUCCGUUAGAGCCAAUCUUCUACAAUAAACAUUUAGUUGGCGCUUGUAUGACACUCAUUUCAUAUUCGGGAAUGUGCUAUUUAAUGUAUCUCUAUGCGAGUGCUUUCGGCUUUAUUAGUUUAUUGUUUUACCAUUUGAUACCAGUAUCCAUCUUUGCAUGUUAUAUGGUGAUUAUCACUAUGUUACAUCAUACAGAAAUUGAUGUUCCUUGGUAUGCUGAUUCUGAAUGGAAUAAUGUUAAAGGACAAUUAUCAACCGUUGACCGUCAUUAUGGUCAUGUUCAUUCGGUUAUUCAUUCGAUUGGUACACACCAGAUUCAUCAUCUUUUUACAAAAGUUCCUCAUUAUCAUCUCGAAGAAGCAACUACUAGUUUUCGCAAAGCAUUUCCUGAACUCGUACGAAUCAACGAAGAACCUGUUCUCAUGUCAUUUGCUCGAAUGUUCAAAAUCUUUAUUACUCAACGAAGCAUCGAUGAUGAUGUUCGUGUUUUUACAUAUUCAGACGACUGCAAUAGAAUCUCCUCAUUCUAG